UAUUUUAAUCAAUUUGGGUUCAAAUUAAUACCACGAAUCAGUUUGCACCCCAUCACCACAAAGUGAGAAGCAGGAUUUGAAGCAGAGAUUGUUGAUUGGAGAAAUUUUUCAUUCAUCACUUCACACAAGAGAGAAGUUAGCUAGCAAAAUAUAAAAAUCUGAGUACCAAGAAUCAAGGAGGUCAGAAGCCACACAACAUGAAUUUCUCCAGGCAGCCUCUGGCUAGCUACAGGGAAUGGAAUAACAAAGCUGCUAAAAAAUAUCCAUUAUCCUGUAAAACUCCCAAGACUAGGGAUGAGAGACAGAAUCUCGAAUUAGAGAAUGACGCGGCAAUGGCAAAUAGAGAUUUGAGUAUUUAUGAUUUUCGUAACAUACGUGCCUGUGAUUCCGAAAGUUCCUCAAGUGAUUCACAAAAUUACAAACUAUACCUUUCGGACAGUGUGUCUACUAAGAGUUUUAAGAAAUCAGCUUCAUAUCAGGAGGUAAACAAUGAUUCGUCACAUAUUCAACAUAAAACUGACCAUACUGUGAUACUUAGUGACUCACAUAGCAGUAGUAAUGAUAAUUCACCGCAAGAAGUCUUGAGAAAUAAACCAAGUGACUUUACUCCAUUCUAUCAAAGUCCAAAAAAAAAUUUGGAUCGCCCCAUUGCUACAAUAAUUUUAGACUCUUCCGAUAGUGAAAAUGAGAGCUCACUCAGCAAAGAACAAUCCAGAGGUAUCAGUUUGCACAGUAAUGACGACAGUGUUCUUUACACAUUAAAAAAUAAUCAGCAUUCUGCAUUUGAUCAGUUGAAAUCGAGCACCUAUAAUUCUCGAAUAACUGAUGAUUUAUCAUCAAGUUCUACUGAAAGUGUUCAAAAAGAUCCAGUACCAAGAGAUUUUAAAAAUAAGGAUAAAAAAAAUAGUCAGUAUGGUAGGAAUAUGGAAGGACCAACUGCAUCAAUUACUUCCAACAGCACAUAUUUUAGUCAAUUUCUAAAUAUUGUUCAAAACAAAGAUCGCCAAAAUGAUUUCCAAGUAAUAAGUUCCUCUUCUGACAAUGACGAGAGUCCAAUUCUCAGAGGUUCAACCAAUCAGAAGAGGGGCAAUAAUAAUGGAAAACUUUUUAGUAGUACAAGCAAAUUGAGCAAUAAAAUAGCAACGAAUGAUAAUAGCUCAAGGAUAAAUACUUCUGGUGAACGUGACUUGGUGGAUACUACUUGUAGGUCAAAUACAAAAUCUAUACUUUUGUCAAAAGCCUAUGAUUCAGUCAAACUAACCAAAAAAGAUGCACAGAAGAUAUUUGUGGCUGGGAAAAAUUCAAGUAAUCCACGAUGGACUCCAAAACUAUGUCCAGAAUUGGCUAUGCUUGAGAGUGAGCCAAUAUCCAGCUAUUCACAAAAUAAGGUGACUGAUAACAAAAGUAAAGAGAUCAUUAAUGAAACUCCAAGCGACUACGUCCUGUCGCAAUCAAGCUCUGAUGAAGAAAUUAUUAGAAAGUCACCCUCAAAUUUGAAACCUACUAAAACCCAUGUUAGUAGAUUUAUUGAUACCCCUAAACAAGACGAAGCAUUCUCAAAAUUGUCUGACCGAAAAAAGAACGAAAUUUCGCGCUGGCUCGUCAACAAUACACCAGGAUCUAGUAGCUCCUCUAGCAUAAUUUCGGAAAGCAAUAGAAACAGCAGUUCUGGUAAUAGUAGCUUAGAAAGGUUUGAGAUGAAAUACGAGACUCCAAACAAUAGAGGUAAAAUAUCAAAAGCCACUUCAUCUGCAAAAGUAAACACUGUACAAAGUACACUGGAUCAUUUGAUAUACAAAGGAAAAACAAGUAUCUUUAAGAAGAAGCCCACAGCAGUUGUAGGUCAAGAAAAGACAACAGUCAACCAGUUGAAAAUACCUCAGAUCUUUGACAGUACCAGUGUUGACAAAACGGUACCAGAAAACAAGAAAGUUAUACCAGUCAUAACUGAGGUGCAAAAAUUGAAUAUUGAGGAUUGCCGGGAUAUUUUAGAUAAACUGUACGGCAAUAAAUGGAGAAAUGAAGCCAAUGCUAUUUUAACACCACAAAGUGAAUUACCAAAUAGAAAACAAAGGGUAAUCAGGAAGCAAAAUAAAACUGAAAGGUUUGUCGUAAUUGGUGGUACUAAAUAUACUGAUAUCGUCUUUUUUGAUGCUUUUGAAACUAACAAUCAAUAUUUUAUUUCCAGAAAACCAACGAUUGGAAAGUCUUUCAAAAAUCACAAAAUCGUAAUAUCUAGCUCUGAGGAUGACGAAUUUGAUGCUUUUAUCAAAGAUAUAAGGCCAAAUUUCAAUUCAACGAAAAAAAAGGUGGGAGCUCAAGAAUCACGAGAUAGUUUUAUUAAUGAUAAUUCGCGCUCAGAAAAUAGCAGUGAAAGUUUCUAUCAUACAGCAUUAACGAAUCCUAGGGACUCUAAGAACACCCGGGUACAUUUGCCUACGCCAAUUUCUGCAAUGACUCAAAGGGCUAUUGAAAUCUGUGACUCAGAAUCUGAAGAUGAAGAUGACAUUCCUCCGCGAAUGCACAAGGAUCUAGUUAAAAAACGCCUGUCAUUCAGCGAGGAUGACAGUGGUUCAAGUACAAGUGAAUUCGAUCCUGGUGAACUUGUCCUUCCAAAAACAAAGGCUACAAAAGCGCCUAUCAAAAAACCUCAGCAAAAGUUCGCGUCUGCUACUAGUCUCCUAACAACUAAUCAAGGAUCAAAAAAACCUAACAAAAAGAGUUUCUUGGCAUCUUUAUCCCCGAGUGUACCGAUCUCUGAUUGUCAUCCUGAGGCAAAAAUAUAUCGGCAAAAUUACAAGAACACGAAAGAGCAGCUGUGCCAGCAUCUCUUCAAAUUAUACAACAAGGAAAUUUUUGAUGACAAGCUGCCACACAACAUGUCGAUAGAAUGGAAUGUGAGGAUGCGAGGAACAGCUGGUUUCUGUUAUAACAAAAAAUCCGUAAAAGCACUUGGGGGUAUAGUAAGGUCUUCCAGAAUCGUUCUAGCUACCAAAAUAUUAGAUACUCCGGACAGAUUGAGGGACACAUUAGUUCACGAAAUGUGUCACGCUGCUGCUUGGUUAAUCAAUAAUGUUUCUGAUGGUCAUGGACCAUAUUGGAAAGGAUGGGCUAGCAAAGCAAUGAAAGUCUUUCCAGAUCUUCCCCCAAUAAGAAGAUGCCACGAUUAUCAAAUCAAAACUAAAUUCACCUACAGAUGUGUGAGCUGUGGUUAUAGCAUUGGAAGGCAUUCGAAAUCGUUAAACGUAGAAACUAAACGUUGCGGUCACUGCUAUGGAAAGUUUGAGCUAUUGGUGAACAGGACUACAAGAUCUGGUACCGCGCAAAUAGCUACUCCCGUUCAGGCCAGAACACCCAAUGGUUUCGCCCUCUUUGUCAAGGAGAAUUAUAAUACAGUAAAAAAAAAUCGUCGCAGCAUAAAGCAUGGAGAGAUCAUGAAAAUUCUUGGGCAAAAGUUUUCAGCGAUUAAAAUAAGACAAAAGUCUGGUAAUGAUCCUGAAUAAUAUUAGUGGAAUACGUUCUUUCAUAAUAAUGUACAGAUGCAAUCAACUCUUAGCGUUAUCGAUGACAGAUGUCAUCCAUUGCAGGCACUGGAAUUGUCUAUAUUUGAAAUGACUUUAUUUUCUUAUUAUAUUGACCCACUGACUAUACAGAGAAGUGCAUUAUUUUUUUACUGAUGCUAUUCUCUGCGUAAUACUUAUGACCUUAGUUUUGUACAAAACUAUGUUCGAGAGAGCAAUGACUUGUGAAACAGAACAUAAUUUACGAAUUGUUGGACAGAAUUGAUUAUUUUUAUAGUGUCAAUAAAUUUUUGUAGUAU